AUGGGAGGCAAGAAGAACGUUGGCGAGAACUCCAAGAAGGCCGCUGGCCAGGCCCGUAAAGCGGAUGCGGCCGCAAGCAAGAAGGCAGCGGAGGAUGCCAAGCGAGCAGCUGAAGAGGACAAGCAAUGGCAGAAGGGAGCCAAGGGGGGUAACUCCAAGAAAGAAGAAGCCGAAGCCAAGAAGGCCGAGGCAGCCCGCAAGAAGGCCGAACGCGACGCUCAACUCGCCGCCGAAGAAGCAUCCCAGCCCUCCAAGGGCGGCAAGGGUAACAAGCAAGCAGCCCCCAAGAAGUCCCGCGGCCUAGAUCUCUCCCAGCUCGACGACUCCCCCGCCGACCGCAAGGGAAGCGCUCUGAACGCCACCGGUAUCGACAACGCGCUGGACGCCCUGUCGCUCACGAACAAGGAUACCUCCAAGAUCGACCGGCACCCGGAGCGGCGAUUCAAGGCCGCCUAUGCUGCGUAUGAGGCGCGUCGCAUGCCUGAGGUUGAGGAGGAGCACCCGGGUCUUAGGAGACAGCAGCGGAUUGAUCUCAUUAGGAAGGAGUUCGACAAAAGUGAUGAGAAUCCGUUUAACCAGGUGCAUGUGGCGUUUGAUUCUACGAGGGAGGAGAUCGCUCAUGUGCGGGAUGCGGAGAGGAAGAAGGUGGAGUCGAGAUUGGCAAAAUAG